UUUACACUCGCCCGACAUACUCCCAUGUGUAGGGUUUAAAGCUGUUUUGAGCGAGCUCCAGUCGAAACCCAGAACCGCUCUAUUUUUCUUUCUCACACACUAUCACACCCCCAGAAACGUAUAACAUAUAAUUCUUUGAUUCUGUAGAGAGAGAAAAGAAAUCAGUCUAUAUAUAUUGGAUUUUUUUCUAUGUAUAUAGAGCUUUUUUGUUUGAGGUUUUAUUGAUUUGAUGAUGGCGGCGGAGACGAUGAUAAAUUCUUUGUCGGUCAGGUCAGUUGAGGAUCCGGAAAAGGAGUCGGUUACAACGUCAGAUGCUUCGAAUUCGAAUGCGGCGUUGUUUCAUCGGAGAAUUGAAUUUCGUUUGGCGAGAAAGUCGUUCAAUGGGUUCAAUGAUGGAGGAAACAGUGGAAAUGGGUUUAAGCUGGUGACCUUAAACCCGCGUAAUUCGAAUGCCAGUUUAAAAUCGGAGUCCCACAAAACUUGGUCCGGGUACGGGAAGGCCUCCUCCGAGUCUUCCUUGGAGAAUCAUAGUGGGUUGGAUCCGGAGCUUAGCUUUACAAUCACUUUCAGGAGAAUUGGUGCUGGCUUGCAAAAUCUUGGAAAUACUUGUUUUCUCAAUUCUGUAUUACAGUGUCUGACAUACACUGAGCCCUUGGCAGCUUAUUUACAAAGUGGUCGGCAUAAAAUAUCCUGUCAUAUUGCUGGGUUUUGUGCUUUAUGUGCCAUUCAGAAACAUGUGAACCGAGCUCUGGAAUCGACAGGAACGGUAUUGGCUCCGAAAGAUCUUGUAUCAAACUUGCGGUGCAUAUCUCGGAACUUUAGAAAUGCUAGACAAGAGGAUGCUCAUGAGUACAUGGUCAAUUUAUUAGAAUCGAUGCACAAAUGCUGCUUGCCUUCAGGAGUGCCGAGCGAGUCACCCAGUGCUUACGAGAAAAGUUUGGUCCAUAAGAUAUUUGGUGGUCGCCUUCGUAGUCAGGUGAAAUGCAUGCAGUGUUCGUUUUGCUCAAACAAGUUUGAUCCAUUCUUGGAUUUAAGUCUUGAGAUAGUGAAGGCAGACUCAUUAUACAAGGCACUAGCUUAUUUUACUGCCAAAGAGCAGUUAGAUGGAGGGGAGAGGCAAUAUCAGUGCCAACAAUGCGAGCAAAAAGUCAAGGCUCUUAAGCAGCUGACUGUUUACAAGGCACCCAAUGUCCUUGCAAUCCACUUGAAGCGUUUUGGUUCUCAUAUGCCUGGCCAGAAGAUUGACAGAAAAGUUGAGUUUGGCCCUUCAUUGGACUUAAAACCUUUCGUGACUGGUCCAUAUGAUGGGGAAUUGAAAUAUACUCUCUAUGGUGUUCUGGUUCAUGCUGGUUGGAGCACUCAUUCUGGUCAUUACUACUGCUUUGUUCGGACAUCAAGUGGCGUGUGGUACUCUCUUGACGACAACCAGGUUGUUCAAGUUAGUGAGAGGAGGGUUUUGGAGCAGAAGGCUUAUAUGUUGUUUUAUGUUCGAGAUGGAAUGUAUUCCACACCUAAGAAAGUUGUCGAUGCAGUACAUAAAGAAAGUAUGGUUAUAAAUACAUUUGGAAGGAAAACGUAUCCUAAUUUUCAUCAAGGAUCGAAGGAAAAUAUCCCGAACGGAGCAGUUGGGGGAAAGUUGAAUGAUUCCUUUUCUGCUAUUGCUGCUCAGAAAGAAGUAGUGAAUCCUAACAUCAUAAGCGAAAAUCAAAUGAAAAAGGAUCCUGCUCAGAAAAUUAAUGGCCCAACAGCUCCUGAAGAAUCAUGCUUAAAGAAAGACCGUCCUGCCGCAAAUUUACUGAAGGUGCCACCUGUGGAUGGCCUUUCCAGAUCAAAUAUAAAUGGUGGAGAUUGCUUGGUGCAAUCACUUCCAUCUUCUAAGGGAUCUGAUGGCUUUGUUAAUCUUGGGAAUUCUAGUAACUCGGGCAGUAGCAGUGGCAUAGAACUGACUACUGCUAUUGUUAAGCAAGAAGACAUCAAUGGCUCCCAAAGCUCUGCUGGAAAGAACGAGACUGAUUCUGCGGUCAUACCAACUAAUGGAAAUAUUAAAGUGAGCGCUGGUAAAGAUCUCAGUAACGCAGUUGACAGACCACCUAAUGGCAAUGUCCUCCAUAGACCUCCUCAAGAUACAUGUGUUUCUUUGGAGACUAAUGCUGGAAAGGUUGGAUGUUUCCCUGACAAUACUGGUGUAGCUGAGGUAGGUGUUCGAAAGGCUCGUGAUAGCAAAGAUCUAGCACGCAGAAAACCAGCACCAAAACACUUGCUUUGCGAAAAGUCCCUUAAUGACAGGCUGCAUUUAGUAAAGAGGAAGCCUUUGAAGCUUGUUGUUACAACCAAGCAUCUUAGCAGAAACAUCAUUUUAGGAGCAGCCUUGGGACGGAGAAAGAAGAAAAACAGGGCCAAACAUUGUUGCCCAAAAAAACUGGAUGGGAAUCGUAUCCUGUCAGAUCUCGGGCCAUCUACUUCUGAGGACUGCAAAACUAUAAGCUGUUCAGCUUACCCUCCUAGGAGGCUCAGAUCUAGUGCAGAUGAGAAAGAUAAGGUUCUAGGUUUGAAGAGUCCUUCAAACAAUGGUGAACUUCUAAGGGUUGUGAAGGUCGUCCCACGUAGGGAUGAAGUUGGUCAACAUGAGAAAGUUCCCUUGACAGAAGCACAACCAAGCAAGAGUUAUUAUUCCACAUCGGGCAGAGAGUUAUCAGAUAAUGGAAAAUCAUGUGGCUCCGCACACAAGAAAGGUGAAAAGGUGGAGAAUGGUUUGAUACAGAUUCCUGCUAGAGGUUUGGAAGAGACAACUGUUGCACGUUGGGAUGGUGUUGAAAGUUCUGAAGAUAUUCUAGAAUCCAGAGGCGCUGAAAAUCUUAGAAUUGGUUAUAUUGGGGAUGAGUGGGAUGAGGAAUACGACAAGGGAAAAAGGAAGAAGGUUAGAAGCUCCAAGCUCACAUUUGAUGGAAUCAAUCCUUUCCAAGAAAUUGCGACGCACAAGGCAAAAUCAAAGAAAGCAAAGUUGGACCGAUGCAGCUCUGCAAACCAACCAUUCAGGAUAUGAUGACUCGGAAGCACAAGGUCUAGAAUUUGUCGAAUUGAAGAGAAUUCCUCGUAUAGUGAGUGGCGGCAUGUCUGCAUUUUUCUGUAACGAUUGUUGCUGGGCAGAGCUGAGGGUGUGGUCGAAAUCGUUAUGGACCAAAUUUUUUUAGUCAAUGCUAUUCUUCUUUUUCCCCACCCGAUAAAUGUAGUUUUCAUCAUCUGUUUUGGCAGUUGGCAAAAUAUGUAUUUUGGGACUUGCCUGAGCUCCCAAGUGUUUAGUUGUGUGGGUGACCUGCCAGGCUAUCUGGUUUACAGCUGACUCUGCAAUUUAUCUGGAGAUAGAUGCUGAGUAUUUACCAGCCUUUAUUUCUCCAUGAAGUUUUGUUUACUGAUUGA